AUAUACAUAUAUGAUAUAUUACAUAUACACACAGCUUAUAAUUCAAAUAGAAUUACAGACAAAUUCAUAAAAAUAAAAAAAAAAACAUGGAAACAAUUACGUGGAUAUAUACUCUACUCUCUCUCUUCCUUGUUCUUAUAGCCUUCAAGUUUUCCGCAAAAUCCGGGCAAAGAAAACUCCCACCGAGUCCGGCGACGGCGCUUCCUCUGUUAGGGCACCUCCACCUCCUCAAAUUCCCAAUUCAUCGUACCUACUACGACCUCUCUCAGAAGCUGGGCCCCAUCUUCUCUCUCCGUUUGGGGAGCCGCCUCGUGGUGGUUAUCUCCUCCCCCGCCGUCGCAGAGGAGUGCUUCACAAAGAACGACGUCGUUUUUGCCAACAGGCCCCGUUUUCUCAGCGGCAAAUACAUCGGCUACAACUACACCACCGUCGUGGGCUCCCCGUACGGCGACUACUGGCGCAACCUCCGCCGCGUGACGACGGUCGAAAUCUUAUCGUCGGCGCGUCUGAGCACGUUCCGGUCAAUAAGAGAAGACGAAGUGAAACGUAUGCUGGAGAAGCUCGGUGGCAACUCGGUCGGAGAUUUCGCCCGAGUCGAACUCAGGCCCCCUUUUUCGGAGCUCACUUUUAAUAAUAUUAUGAGAAUGGUCGCCGGAAAACGGUACUUCGGCGAGGACAACGACGAGGCCGAGCGGCUUCGAGAGCUUAUAGAGGAAGCUUUCUCCUACAGCGACGCAUCAAAUCCGGCGGAUUUCUUCCCGGUGCUGAGAUGGAUUGAUUACAAGAAUUUCGAGAAGAAUCUGACGAGGCUGAGUGGGAAACUCGAUAGUUUCUUACAAGGCUUGAUAGAUGAACACAGAUCCAAUAAGAACACAAAUACCAUGAUUGAUCAUUUGCUCUCUUUCCAAGAAUCAGACCCUGAAUCCUACACUGACGUCAUCAUUAAAGGCAUUAUUCUGGUUAUGGUACUUGCCGGAACAGACACAUCGUCGGUGACUAUAGAAUGGGCGAUGUCGGCGCUGCUCAACCACCCUGAAAAGAUGGAGAGGGCGAGAGCUGAGGUGGACACCGUUGUCGGAAAAGGUCGAUUGAUCAACGAAUCAGACAUACAAAAUCUGCCGUACCUUCAGAGCAUAAUUUCUGAAACUCUGAGGUUGUUUCCGGCGACGCCGUUACUGGUUCCGCACGAAGCAUCCGCUGACUGCAAGGUGGCGGGAUACGAUAUUCCACGUGGCACGAUCUUGCUGGUGAAUGCGUGGGCGAUCCACAGGGAUCCUACGGUGUGGGAUGACGCGACGAGCUUCAAGCCGGAGCGGUUUGAAGGUGGCGGAGAAGUAGGAGCGCCGAAGCUGAUGCCGUUUGGAAUGGGGAGGAGGUCGUGCCCGGGUGUGGGUCUGGCGAAUCGGGUCAUGGGUUUGGGUUUGGGGUCUUUGAUUCAGUGUUUCGAGUGGCGGACGGUUGACGGGGCGUUAGUGGAUUUGACGGAAGGGAGAGGGUUGUCGAUGCCCAAACUCACGCCGUUGGAGGCCAUGUGCAAAUCACGUGAUGUCCUUCAAAUAGGUCUUCAUGGAGCAAUCUGAGAAUCUCAUGGUUUGUCAAUGUGUAUUACAAUUUACAUCGCGUGCUCUAUGUUUCAGGACCUUAUUAAUCAGUACUAUGUUUCAUUAAAUAUUUAGUUAAAAAAAUGUGGUUAUACUUUACACUCAUUAAACAUGUGACUUGUUGAUUAUUUAUGAUUUUAUUAAAUACAUAUUUAAACGAGAAAGAGAAAUAUGUAUUGGCUGAAAUAGGUCGGAUAUAGUUUUACCAUUUAUUCACAUAUGAAACACACACAUCUAUAUGGGUGUGUAGGUGAACGGUGAAGGUCUAUCGCGAUGUGUUUCACCAGAUGUAAUAUAUACCUUGUUUGGGGUGAAGAAUUACCGAUUUCAUGUC